AUGGGCGACCAACAGUUCUUCCUGAAAUGGAACGACUUUCAGACGAAUAUGGUGACUUCUUUUAGGCAUUUGAGGGACGAAAAGAGCUUUACAGACGUAACAUUAGCAUGUGAAGGUCAAACAUGUAAAGCGCACAAGAUGGUACUCUCAGCAUGUAGUCCUUAUUUUAAAAGCUUACUAGAGGAGAAUCCAUCAAAGCACCCUAUAAUAAUCUUAAAGGAUGUGUCUUACUUACACUUGCAAGCAAUACUCGAGUUUAUGUAUGCGGGGGAAGUCAACGUAUCACAAGAACAGCUUCCCACGUUUCUCAAGACGGCUGCCAGACUUAAGGUUAAAGGUCUUGCCGAGCCCCCACCGCAAAUGCCUAGCAUUAAAAGAGAAGGCUAA